GUGUCAUCUGGUUUCUAUCUCAUCCAUCAACGUUUCAUCUAAUAGGGCUGAGAAAUCAUGUCGCUCUCUUCGGUCUCCGCCCAUGAACAACAUCCCGAACACUCCCUUUCAACGACCAAGGUUGAAGAGUGGGAGGACUCUCUGAGAACCGACCCUUCUCAAUCCGGUGUAUUCGAAUGGUGGUACUUCGACUCGCAUUUGGCAAACGGCGGAAAACUCAUGGUCGUGUUUCACACAAAGCUCUUCACCAGCCCGCAAGUCGGACUGGAACCAAAGAUCCAGGUCCAGCUCGAGACACCCGAUGGCCGAGUCUGGAAUAUGUUGCAAGCCUAUGAUCCAAGCGACUUCCGUUCCAGUAGGGUCGAGUGCGAUGUCACCAUUGCCAAUGAGAGCGGUGUCAACUUCUUUCGCGGCACGGGGCUCAAGGCCUAUCACAUUCGUGUUGCUGUGGAAAGCCUCGACAUCGACAUUCGAAUGACCAGCACGACCUCGCCCUGGCGCCCUGGUCAAGGAUGCGUGUGGUCGAAGGAGGACGAGUAUUUUGAUUGGUUCGUUGCGGUGCCCCAAGGAAAAGUCACCGCUACUUAUACCAUUGCUGGCGAGUCCCCAGUCACGGUAGAGGGCGAUGGAUACCACGACAAGAACUGGGGCAACGCACCGCUCACUGAGACGAUCAACCACUGGUAUUGGGGCCGAGGAACCCUGGGGCCAUACACCGUCAUCUCCUCCGCAAACAUGUUCUCCGAAAAGCAUGGCUCACCUAUGAUCAAGACCUUUAUGGUCCAGAACGGGGACACUGUCGUGGCUGAUGACGCUUCCAAGGUCAGCUUCACCGCAGACGGUAUCGAAAUUGAUGACAAAGUUGACCGCCCUGUUGCCGACACGCUCCGGUUUGGAUACCGGAACGACGGGACUGUCUUCUCCAUUGAGUAUUUCAGAGAAGAAACUACAAUGCGCCAGCAGAUGGGCGGGGGUUGGUAUCUCCGUUUUGCCGGCGGGAUGAAACUCAAAAAGUACCAAAACGACGAGCUGGUUGAAGAACAUGUGGGCCAUACUCAAUGGGACUCAAUGUGGUUUGGGCAAGGUAGCAAAGAAACCCUACCGUACGGCAAAUAA